GAAUUAUCAAAAAGAAAGAUCUCAGAUAAUUAUAAAUACUUCUAAUGUAUUAUUUCGAGUUUCUAAACUUACAUUUCCUAAAAAUUCAUUAAAACUUUCUAAUUCGAUUAUUUUAUCACAUCAUCGAAAUUUUCAUUUAACCCAACCAACACGAGCACCACCGGCGUUACCGGUUUUCCUAACACUGUUUAAAUCCGCUAAUGCUGUAUUAUUAACUCGUACAUUUAGUAAUUUGUUUCUUUCAUUCCUUCCCUAUGCCCUACGUAAAGACCCAACCACUGGUAAACGAAGAACAAUCCUUUUAUUCCUAUCAACA